CCGGGCCAUGAGCCGCGCGGGCAGCUGGGACAUGGACGGGCUGCGGGCGGACGGCGCUGCGGCCGGAGCGGCCCCGGCCUCGUCCUCCGGCUCGUCCUCGUCCUCGGCGGCGGCCGCGGCGCAGGGCCAGGGCCGCGGCUUCCUCUCGGCGCCGGUGUUCGCCGGGGCGCACUCCGGCCGGGCGGCGGCGGCGGCGGCGGCGGCGGCUGCGGCGGCGGCGGCGGCGGCCUCGGGCUUCGCCUACCCGGGGACCUCGGAGCGCGCGGGCUCCGCCUCGUCCUCGUCCUCCGCCGUGGGGGUGGCCGCGCGCCCCGAGGCGCCCUCCGCCAAAGAGUGCCCGGCGCCGGGCGGGGCGGCGGCACCCCCGGGCGCCCCGGCGCUGGGCUACGGCUACCACUUCGGCAAUGGCUACUAUAGCUGCCGCAUGUCGCACGGCGUGGGCUUGCAGCAGAACGCGCUCAAGUCGGCGCCGCACGCCUCGCUGGGAGGCUUCCCGGUGGAGAAGUACAUGGACGUGUCUGGCCUGGCCAGCAGCAGCGUGCCGGCCAACGAGGUGCCCGCGCGAGCCAAGGAGGUGUCCUUCUACCAGGGCUACACCAGCCCCUACCAGCACGUGCCGGGCUACAUAGACAUGGUGUCCACCUUCGGCUCCGGGGAGCCUCGGCACGAGGCGUACAUCUCCAUGGAGGGCUACCAGUCCUGGACGCUGGCCAACGGGUGGAACAGCCAGGUGUACUGCGCCAAAGACCAGCCGCAGGGCUCCCACUUUUGGAAGUCUUCCUUUCCAGGGGAUGUGGCUCUGAAUCAGCCAGACAUGUGUGUCUACCGUCGGGGGAGAAAGAAGAGGGUACCCUACACCAAACUGCAGCUCAAAGAACUGGAGAAUGAGUAUGCCAUUAACAAGUUCAUUAACAAGGACAAGCGGAGGCGGAUCUCGGCUGCCACAAACCUAUCUGAGAGACAAGUGACCAUUUGGUUUCAGAACCGAAGAGUAAAAGACAAGAAAAUUGUCUCCAAGCUCAAAGACACAGUCUCCUGAAGUGGGUCUGAAUGGUCACCGAGAGUUGAAAUGCUUUUAUUUGCCUCCAAAAGACCUUUGGAAAGACUUGAAUUUGUAUUUAAUUUCCCCCACCCUACCCCUGCCACCGAUGGCAAAUUUUGUGAAUUGUUUUUCUUUUUUCCUCUUCAAUGGUUUUAAAACCUUUUGUUGACCAAACUGACUUUGUAGUUGUUUAUUUGUUUGUUAUUGACUUGUUCUUCACUAGGUUUAUUUUAAUGGUAUUUUUAAUGUUCUAUUUCUCCCUCCAGGCCAGUAUAAAGGACUUGAAAAAAUGUAUUAUUAUUACUCCUGCCAAAUGAAUUUCAGAAGCACUAUUUUGCUUUUUUUUUUUUUACUAUUUUGAUUUUAAGGUUUAAUUUUUUUUAAAUCACUGAUUAUCUUCAUAAUCCAUUAAAGCAGAAUGAUUUGCAGUUGUUCAUAUCCUGUGAUUGGAUAAUUGAAUCAUUAGCUCUCAGCAGUAGUCCUGAAGCAAGUGGAAAUAGCUCUGAGCUGGCAGUGCUCAGCAGUCACUGCACUGGAAAAGUGUAAAAAAAAAAAAAACAA